CGGCCGGCGGGCCCGGCUCAGUCCGCCGCCCGCCAUGGAGCCGCCCGCCGCGCCCGCCGCGCCCGCUCCGCCCGCGCGCCCGCUCGUGCACCCCGACGAGUACGGCGAGGUCGACACCUCCAGGUACCCAGCGCCGAAGGAUGCGACGCACAAGGUGCGCGGGCGCAGCGAUGUGCUGGAGCUGGUGUGCGGCGCGGGCGCCGUGGACCCCGAGCUGCUCACUGUCAAGACGUUCUACUUCUUCUUCUACUCGGCGUUCGGCUCGCUGUUCCCGCUGAUGGGCGUGUACUUCAAGCAGAUGGGCAUGAAUGCAGGCCAGUGCGGGCUGCUCAUCGGCACGCGCCCCUUCGUGGAGUUCCUCUCGGCACCGUUCUGGGGCGGCCUCGCCGACCGCUGGCAGAAAGGGCGCACGCUGCUGCUGGCGUCGCUGGGCGCGUGGAUCGUGUUCACGCUGCCGCUGAGCUGGGUGCAGCCGGGCGCGGUGUCCUGCGUGCAUCCGCUGAACGCGAGCGCGUACAACCUGACGGAGCCGCGCUACGACGAGGACUGGCCCAGCAGCACCACGCGCGCCUUCCGCGGCCCGCCGGGCGCCGGCCGCGAGGGCUCGCCGCUGCCCGUCAGCGACGCGCUCAACUACGACCCCAAGGCCAACGGCGACUGGGUGACGCCGCUGCACUCCUUCAUCGUGUACCGCACGCCCGACAUCCAGAAGACGUUCUUCCUGCUGCUGCUGCUCGUGGUCAUCGGGGAGUUCUUCAGCGCGCCGGCCAUCACGCUGGCCGACUCCGCCGUCAUCACGCUGCUGGGCGAGGACGCCGACAGGUACGGCCACCAGCGCAUGUUCGGCUCGCUGGGCUGGGGGCUGGCCAUGUUCUUCGUGGGCAUCGCGCUGGACCACAGCACGGCGUUCAGCUCGCACCCCGGCGGCCCGCAGCGCUUCGAGAAGAACUACACCAUCUGCUUCGCGAUCUCCGUGCUCAUGGGAGCCGCUCUCAUUACUGCCACUCAGAUCAGGUUCAAGUACGAGUUCGCGGCGGCGGAGCCGGUGGCGCCGGCCGCGCCCGCCGAGCCCACGCACGAGGAGAAGCUGCAGCAGCAGCUGGCCGAGCAGCUGCAGCUGCCGGGGCUGGACACCAGCGCGCCCGCGCCGCGCCAGCCCGUGCUCGAACAGGCCAAGGUGUUCGCGCAGACGACGCGCGAGAUGCCGGAGUGGGUGACGGUGCUGCGCCAGUUCCAGAACGUGAAGGCGGCCUCGUUCCUGUUCGUGGCCUGGUUCAUGGGCUUCGGCAUCGGCCUCAUCUUCACCUUCCUGUUCUGGCACCUGCAGGAUAUCGGUGGAUCCCCGACGCUGUUCGGAGUGGCGUCCGUCAUCAACCACAUCUCGGAAAUAUUCGCCUACUUCUUCAGCUUUAAGCUUAUCACACAGAUGGGACACGUAAAGGUGCUGUGCCUGGGGCUGGCCGGCAACGUGCUGCGCUUCCUGUACAUCGCGUGGCUGAGCGACCCCUGGUGGGUGCUGCCCUUCGAGUUCGUGCAGGGCGUGACGCACGCCGCCGUGUGGGCCGCGUGCUGCUCGUACAUCGCGCACGGCGCGCCGCCGCGGCUGCGCUCGUCGGCGCAGGGCGUGCUGCAGGGCCUGCACCACGGCCUGGGCCGCGGCUGCGGCGCCGUGCUGGGCGGCGCGGCCGUGGCGCGCUGGGGCACCACGCGCACCUUCGCGGGCUACGGGCUGCUGUGCACCGUGGUGCUGGCCGCCUUCGCCUUCAUCAACUUCCGCGGCGGCGCGGACGCGGCGCCGGGCGCGCCGGACGAGGAGGCGCGCGCCGUGGCGGAGGCGGGCGUGCUGGCGCCGCACGGCGUGCCCUCCAACCCGCUGCCGCGCGCGCUGUCCUCCACGCGCCUGGCCGACCUGGCGCAUCACGACUCCUACGGCGCCACGCAGAGCUACAGCGGCGCGGACUCGCUGGGCGUGCCGGGCGGGGCGCCGGCGCCGCGGCCCAGCAACCCCUUCCUGGCGGAGGCGGCGCCCGCCGCGCCCGCCUACAGAUAAGCGACCCCGGCUCACGCGCUCUACUCUGUCUUGCGUACAAAAUGUUCCACGAGUAGGCAAAACGUUCCAGUAUUCGUUAGGCAGUAAUAUAUAAUAUAUGUGCGGGGUCACUGCGCUCGUGACGUCCCACUAUUAGUCGAGUCGUGCAAGGCGGCUGUCGCUUCUGUUGCCGCGCGCUGUUGCUAUCUCCUAGUUAAGUCAGAGUGUAUCAUAUUGAGAUAUCUGUGUUUAAGUAUAUGAUAGAUCGCGAUGUCAUAUCAUGGUGUGAUGUAGUAGAGGCGGGAGGCAGAGCGGGGCGGACGCACCCUCACUUCUGAUCUAAUAUUUUGUUGAUAAUAUAACAAAUAGAUAUUCUUAUUACUAUAGCUAUAUGUAUACAUAACGUUUGUUGUAAAGAUGUAUCGUGGGGAUCGCCCGCGCCUGCACCAGUUAUAUAUUUUUGCACAGUCUCUAGCGGGAACCCGCGUCACGGUGCGGACACUUUCAAUUUCAUGUGUAAUAUGAACGAAUAAAUGUUGAACUAUUCA